CGAUUUCUGUGUCGUCUGCUCUGUUCCAACUUCAAGUUUAAAAAUGAGACGAAAUGAUACCAUUCGAAUUUCGACUGAAGUCCUCAGGUGGCUCACCGUCGUUCUUCCUUGGUCCUGAUUUUUGCGCUUCAACGAUGAAUAGGUUGAUCCCUGCGCGAUAGUUGCGCAUCAGUUAACCCGUUCAGCACUAAAAUUGGAUAACGAGGUAAUGUCCAACUUGAUGGCUAUCAACAGAGAUUUUCCUAUAUAAAAUCUUCACAGUUUCACCCUAAAACUCUAUCCGAGAUUUAACUGUAAUUAGAAAUUACAACAUGUAGGAUAGCUGUGGGGUCUCUGCACGAUUUGGCUAACGGGGGAUACGGAAAAAAGUUUAAUGAAAAAUCUGCAGAGUGUCAUAAGAAAAAAAAAAAUGUUUGGUCGUCGACGUUGGAAAAGAUCGGACAGUGAACUGUUUUGUCAGUCGACAAGGAGGAAAAGAAUAUAAAAAAAAAAAGCCCGAAGGGAGUCAAGAAUCACGGAACCAUCUGUCUGCCGUCCUCCUAUAUACCCAGCCGUUCCUCUUCUUCCAACCAUUUUCUUGGAUCUAGCUAUACAGUGCUACACGUAUAUCUCGUCUUUUCCCGCGUGCAAGCACCCGCGAAGCUGCUCAGCCGAACGCAUCGUCCGUAAUCAGUUGGCCUCGAACUUGCCUACCGUUCGGUACGAUCUGCAACCGACUCUCCGUUCCGUUCUGUUCAAACUCAGUUUGUAAUUUCGGGGGGGCUUUUUUUUUUAAAGGAAAAUCAUCGACUGAAAAAUCCGAGUGAAUGUGUUUCUCCUGAUGGAUACUUGAAAACCAAGAGCUCUGCUUGUGGGGAUAACAAAUAAAAACAAGACCAGCAACAGAGGAGAAGAAGAAGAAGACAACAAGAGAAUGCACUCGACUGCUGGCUUCGGGCUCGCUCUGUUGGCUUUCUUUCAAAUCGCCUUGGCCAUCAUGACGACUGCUGGACCGUCGACCAUCAAUCGGCACUCGCAGGGAGACAUCUUCUCUCACCAAGGUGCCGCUGGCGAAUGCAAUGCUGCGGCUUGUCUAUCAGCUCUUGGCCAGCGCAAUAAUGGGAGCCUAUCGGCCGCCCGACUUGGCCGCCACUGUCAGUGCCAGUGCCCCAUGGACCGACCCAUCUACCGGGAAGACCUCAAGCAAUGCGUCAGCACCAUAGACGAAUGCGCCCUGGCCGAUUACGUCAGCGGGAUCCAAUCGGAGAAAGUGCCUUUCGUCUUCCUGCCCAUCCAAGGCCAACUGAUCAAUCCCAACGCUGAAAUUGCCCUAUCAGAUGUACGAGCCGAAGGUCAAGUGGUCGUCUCACCCGUUUGCGUCGUCUCCAAAUCUCAUUUUUUGACCCGUUCCGGAUGGAUGGCUUCCGACAAUUCAUCUUCUGGCAUCCCGACAGAUCGGGAACUGCCGUUCGCUCUCGCUCGCGAAUCCGGCCGAACGCAUUUACAGUGGUUGGGCGAACCGCGACUUCGGUCGCUGAUGGAAGGCCGGAUCGUCCUGGUUAAGUUGCUGUGCAAGGACACGGCCAAUGCGCGCAUCGGCGUCUUCUCUCCCUGCAUCGCCUUCCGCGUUGCCGGCAGUCCAGGUUUGGUGGAAUCCAUCCGCGGCGCCGGAGGUGGCGAUGAAAAAAGCGGAUUGCGUCAUGCGGAUUAUCUGGCCAUUGGCAUUAGCUCUGCUUUGCUCGGUAUGCUCUACGUGGCUGGACUUGUGGGUUUCAUUUGCUACCGGCGCCGGAAGCGACAGCUGGAGAAUGUCCACAUCAAAUUAUCCACCCAGCCCUCGACUCCUGUCCAGGAACUGGGCAUCAUGCGGCUCAAUCCGCUGCUUCAAUCCAGCAGAACCAGCAGCCGGCCAGCCUCUUCUGACCCGUCUCUAAAUGUCAGACCUCAUCAUCGAUCCUCCAUGGAAUCACGAUCCGAGGGAAAUCGCCGCAGCCGUCCCACGAACCCGGCCGGAAACAUUCAUCCGACCAUGAAUAACUACCGUUACAGCAGUAGUCAAUCGGAAGAUUGCUUCCGGGAUUCAUCUGUUGAGGCCAGCGCUGGGCACGAGGCCGCCGCCUAUUACUACCGCAGAGAUUCGCCAAUGAUGACCAAUGACGCCAACCGGCGACUCUACUUCAGCCCGGCUUAUUUCGAUCUGGAAUUGCUCAAACAGUCGCCGCCUCCCGCGGCGCUGGAAUUCCUGACUCGGAUCCGUGGGAUGAUUGACGUGGCCAAAGAUAAAAUGUCUUCCAAGCGAUUCAUGCCCAGCUUAAUUGACAUUCCGGAAGAGCUGAGCCAUUAUUCCGGCUACGGGGGAAGCAACCAGGGUUUGUCGCACUACGCCGACGAGUUGCGCCGGAGUGGCUCAUUUCACAAUAGGCCGCCGUUUACUACCGUUGACGAAACGGAAGGCUUGCGCAAUUCAUACGGCACUCUCAAGCGGCCAACAACAAAGAAAUACGACUCGCUCCAGCGCAAUUCACUUGGUCGUAAAGCGGCGACGGGCGACAAUGGCGCGGCCGAGUCUGCCGUCCUGUCAGAGAACAACAAAGACGACAUCUACCAUCCGAUGGAAUUGAGGACCAAUUUCCUUCAAAAGAGUCCGCUGCCGGGCAGGAAAUCAACUGGAUUGUCGUCCGAGACGAUGAAUCUGGUUUCCAUUUACACCAAUCCGUCAAUUGAAGAAAUUUACCGGUCGCUGGACCGUUCCCAGCCGCCGAGGUUAAACAAAGGAGGAGGAGGAGGAGCCGAGAGCGGGGCGGAAAGCGAUGCCGUCUCAGAUUUAGUCUCCGAAGCGGAAUCGAAAAUGCCUAAAAUCACCGGGCCCGGAAUGAACCGUAAAACUUAUUUCGAGCCGGACAGUCUGGAUCGGAAGCCGGCCACCAAUUACGGGAGCGGCAGUAACAACAACAACAGCAAGCCGCAUUUGUACCAGAAGAAACCGCCUCGCUGGACCAAGCGCGCCCAGCAACACCAAUCGGACACCAAUGACGAAAUGCGCGAAGCGGAUGAGAACAGCAGCAGCGCGGCCGGCUACACAUCCAGCACAUGCACUUCGAUGAAAUCUCUUAGCCGCGUCCUGCCGGCCGAAGAGGCCAUGGAAGUGGGCAAUCAGCUGUUCAAUAUGGACACUGGAGCCCCAACUCUUCCGCGAUUAAUUAAACCGACCAUUGUUGCACAACCCAAUCGGGGCGGGGCCAACAUUUACGAAACGAUCGGACGCAAUCAGGAGCAACCGGACGGCAUUUUUGUCAAUAAAGAAUUCAAGAAACCUCCGCCGGAAGUGAUUUACUCGAGCAGCAACACGUCCAGUUCCAGUAGCAAAAUUACGAUAGUGGAAGACUGUCUCAAGAAUAAAUUGACCAUCCAGGUGGAUGACAUCCGCAGCGUAAAAGACGAGGAAGCAUUCGAACCGGACACGCUGGAUCGUCGCAACGAUUCGCAAUCCGCGCCGCCGUUCAGACGACAGGAGAGUUUUAUCGCCGAUUCGCUGGAGCGGCCCAUCCAGCCGGUGAAAUCGACCAUUAAUAAAUUUAGUAGUAACGCGGCUGGAAAUGUGGCACCCGUUUCUCCAUCUUCUUCUUCAUCCGGAUUGGGCUCUUCCGGCGAGAGUCUGGCCAAUAAAGAAGACUGGAUCAAAAAGGAAGAAUUACCUCCACCCGGAAGUGUCGUCUCACUCCGUCAGAUUUACACGGCCCGCACUCACCAACCGAAGCCAGAAACAUGGGCGACGGCAACGCUGGAAGCCACCAAAAAACCUCCCAGCCGGAUUGUUUCCGCAUCCAAUACCCAAAUUCUCCUACGGUUGGCAGGAAACGACGACUCCCGAAUCUACGGUCACCAUUCAGCCCUUCUGGCCGAACCCAAUUCCCCUCCUCCUUUACCAAUCAAAUCCAUCGCCAGUCCGUCAUCGGCUCCGGCCAUCCCGAGAGAAUUGAAACCUCCCACAGGUGUCCAUCAGCAUCCCAAGAUGCCGAAGCAGCAGCCGCCGCCGCCUCCUUACAGUUCCCGGGGAGUCCAAACGGAAUCGACACCUCCGCCAACCCUUCCGCCAAAAAACGGGAAAGGCGGAAGUUCCGGUAAAGCGGCCGCCGACACCGCUACUUCCGCCAAAAAGGGCCUCACAGUCGACGACGACGACGACGACGACAGCAAGAUCUACAGUGGCCAUUUCAUCCUGAGCCAUCCGUCGCCCAGUGGCACUAUCAAAUUACCCAACGUCCUGGAGCGGAUUGCCCAGAUCGAGCGGGAAGAGAGUCGCACUUCCGGCGCAUCCAAAGGCAUGGAGAUCGCCCUGUCGCUGAAGGCUCGCAUGGGUCAUCUCGAAGGAUCGCUCAAGGAUCAUAAAAAGACAUUGUCCAUCAAGAAAACGUGGCGGAAGCUUUUGGACAAGGUGGAAGACUCUUUCUCCGAAACAGAGUCGGCCGGAUCGACCCUGCGCCGUCCUCCAUCUUCCGCUGCCAAGCUCCUGAAAAAGUCACUGCCUCCGCCUCCGCCCAGCGACGAGGAAAACGACACGGACGACGAUUCGCAGUCGAGUUUGGGUUCGGACGGAACGGGAAGGGAUCGCUAUUCCAUCAAUGAUGGAAUGAGCCAGCAGCAGGCCGUCGACCAGGCGACCGACGGGAUCAAGCUCAAAAGUUUCUACACUUUUGGCGAAGAUGGACACAAGCCAUCGGCCGUGGCUCCCAUUUCGACGUCGACGAUUAAAUCCACUAGCAGCAGCAACGCGGCUCAUCAGAGUCGUCGGUCGGGAAUUAGCGGCGGCGGAGGCUCCGUCGGGAGUAACUUGGGACGCAAGUUACGAACUAAUGAUUCCUACGAUAGUGGACUCUACUCGAGCAACUAUUCCACCUACAUUGGAGACUAUUGAUUUGCCGUUUGCCCGUUUCGUUUUGAAACGCAUUUUGUUGUUUUUAGAACAAAAAAUGGACUAACAUUUCCCGCUCAGAGAUGGCGUUGUCGUCCGUUUCCCCGUUUCUGUAUAGCACGCACGCACACACACACACACACACACAUUACAUCCCUAAACAAAAAAAAACAAGAAAAAACAAUAUACAUUAUUUUAACUUUUGAUUGUA